UAGAUACUUUACAGCAAUAUUCCAUGAAAAAAGGAUGCGAUAUUUAAUGCCUAGCAGUCAAUUAUGCAACAACCAACCAUUAAGUGUGUUCAGAUACCGUUUCGACAAGAUGAAGGCUGCGGUGCUAGGGAUGCUUUUGCUCUCUCUCUUUAUGGCCAUUUCUGAAGUAGCAGCUGAAAAAAAACUCUGCGGGAGGGACCUUGUAAGAGCUGUCAUCUUUUCUUGCGGAGGGUCUCGCUGGAGGAGGCAGCUGACUCACUUUCCAAAAAGUCUCACAGGUCAAGAAAGCCACCUGCAUUCACCACUUGACACUAAUGACUCAACAGGUGCCAAUGAAAAGGUGAUCCAAAAGCCAGAAUACCUAAGCAAAGAAUUCAUCCAGUCCAGUUCUGAAGCUGAAGGAGAUCUGUGGGGCACGGAACAAAAGUCUAUACACAAAAGGAAUGAAGAUAUUAUGCGACUCAUAGACCUUUGCUGUCAGGUCGGCUGCAGCGACAGCACUAUAAGUUUACUAUGCAUAUAAAUUCUGCCGUCCAGUCAGCGCUUUAUAUGCAUAUUCACUGUGCUGAAAAUGUAUCAGACAGCGGCAUGUAUGCUAUUUCAUAGCUAACAAUACAUCAGAAACAUCUAGAAAUAGGUAUUUUUGAUAUCCGACUUUGUAGUUCCGAGCUCUGAAGUACUUCCUAAGUGCCAUUCCAUUUGGGAUACUGUACAAAUUGAGAAACGGUCUUUUAACAUCUGUAUUUCAAACAGCUCUCUUUUUUGUAGUUCCUGCUUUCACAAUAAAUUUGCAGUUCACAACAUGGCUUCUGCUGUUUCUUCUUGCCAGUGCAGUGCUAGGCUUGGAA